CUUUAUUUAUAAUACAGAAGAUUAGGCCUACAGGAACAAAGAAGUUUUAUGGGGAAACGAUUUGAAAAUGUGUUUAUGAACCAUUCUUUGGAAUAUCCUGCAUAACCAGGUUAAUACUUAUUGACAACUGAAAUAAACUUCGGAAUAUUAUACAUCUGGCUAUCGAAGGACAGCAACUCGUAAGUUAUUAUUAGACAAGAACUGAAGAAAUUACCGAAGUACCGGUAAACCGAGGAAAAUCACAGAGUGAGGUGACGCAAUAAUGUAUCAACAUUUUUACUCACAAACUUAAGUUUGUUCUUUUUUGUGGUUAAGAUGGAGACUUGAAGAAAGUGAUUUAUGCGGUUUUGCUGGAGUUAAUUAUGUUUAACAUUACAUGUGCGAAAAGAUCGAACUCGAAGUAACGACAAAAUAUGACGGAGUCUUAACGAUAGGCAGCUUGACACUAGGCUUGGUGUAAAUCGAGUGUCAAUCUUCAUAAUUUUGCGUCAUCAGUAUAUAAGUUAUACCGACGGUCGAAAAAAAACGCUGCAUUUUGCAACUGUAACCAUAAUAGUAUCGAGUAAGAAUUAUGACAUCUUUAAUUCAGACGUAAGCAUAAAUGCUUAUUCUCCCAGUGCAGUCAGCAAUUUGUGAUUAACUAGUACCCAGUAGUAGUACUAAGCAAAUAUUAACAUCAUUAUUAGUAUUAAUUACAUUAACAGUGCAUACACAGUCUUGAUUUUAUAAGUGGGCCUAUGUUUAAAAUUAAGUGCUAAACAUUGCUAGUAAGGCAUGUGUGUGUGUGUGUGUGUGUGUGUGUGAUGAUUUAUAUUAAAUUAUAAUGAGCAGGAUAUGAGAAAUUACAAAUUCUUUGGUUUGGAAGUUUCACUUGCAGGAAUUUAACUUUAAGAUAUCUGAUAUUACUAGCUACAGAUAUUUGAUAUGGUAUAGUGUGAAAUACUUUUAGUAUUGUUCACAUAAGGCUAGCUUCUUAUAACAACUAGUUUUUUAAAAGCAGUAAAAUUGGGGACUGAGAUUCUGUUGUGUUAUUUAUUUAUAAUUUUCAGUUAGAUAUACUGCUAAUUACUAAAUGAGCAUGUAAAGAUAUGUAACAUUAGAAAUUUUACAUAACAUUAACAUUUUUCAAGAAACCUGUUUCACAUUCAUCAAAGUAAAAUGAUUGGAUACAAGAAGAUUGUGAAUUCAGAGCUUGUACAGCUGGCACUGGUUGUCAGCCUUCUUCGGUUAAAUCCAGAGUCAUAUUUGCACUUGAUGAACACUGGACCAGAAGUGCAUGAAAUUUUUCUUGGACAAAGCUCUGCAUACACCCAGUCUCAUUUCCACAACUUGAAUAAUGGUAUGUUUGGAUAUAUUCAUCCAAAAACACUGGACGUCAAUAGCAUUGAUACAGCCUCGGUAUUAAUGGAUCUGAAUGCACUUGGUAGAUAUUGUAGGUUUCAAGAUUUUCAUAAUGUUGUAAUUACGUAUAUAGCAAAUACAGAGAAUCUUGAACCUGGAAAUUUGCAGCCAUCAACUACUUCAAGCAAUUCUAAUGCAAUUCAUGGUGAAAAUAUGGGUGUUAUAAUAUCUGAAUCACAGGAUGUGAUUGAGAUAACUAGAAAUAGGCCUGUUACAGAUGUGGAUCCAGUUGCUGAACCGCAGUCAAAUGCUUUACUUAGUGUUGAUGCAACAGCAAAUCAAGUUGGAUUAGAAUUAUCUGGAGGAGAGUUAACAGCAGAGGAUAUGGAUCUCAUUGAGGUUCUUUGGAAACAAGACAUUGAUCUUGGGGUAAGCCGGGAUGUCUUUGAUGGAACAAAAGACAAAGAAACGAAUACUGAUGACUCAUUGCCUUCUUUAUAUAACCCUUGGGAAGGAAUUACAUAUAGUAUUGAUUCUGAAACUGGUGAACAUAUAAUUCCUACCUCACAGCCACAAAAUGAAAGUAUUGGUCAGGAGGUAGAUGAACCUGAACAUUUUACCCUUGAAGAAGAUGCUUUCCAACAAAUUGCAGAGGAACUUAAUAGACUACCUGUAGAAGAAGCAUUAAGAUUGUUUGACAAUGGAGCACUUAACCACACUGAUCAAGAUGAUAGUCAUGAGAUCUCAAGCUCAUUUCCUGAUAUUUUGUCAGAAGAUCAGGAAAACUUGAUCCAGGAGUUGAAGCAGUUUGAUGAUUUACUUUAUAAAACCUGUGGAAAUAAUGAAGAUAAUGCAGAGACAGGCAUAUAUCCAAACAUGGAGAACUGCUGGCAGGACUUUACAUCUACCUUUCCGUUUAUACCCAUCACUACUGAAGACUUAGGUCCAACAUCAUCACUGGAUACUAAAAACUAUUACUCUGAAAGUAAUUCCAGUUUGGUUGAAAUGUCAUUUGACACUCAAGAAAACAUUAACAACCAAUACUCAGGGGUGCUGCUUCAUAAUGCUUCGUUGGGUCCACCAACACCUGACCUAACAAAUUUUACUUACCCUGCUUAUUCUCGUAGACUUCAAGGUGACACAUCUGAUGUUGGGUCAGCAGUAGCAACUUCUAUGUCUACUUUGACUAAUAGCACAGAUCCCAUGAGUGAUGGAAUGAUUGGUGUGAUGUAUGAACACGAUUUUCCAGGAUUCAUGUACCCAAAUAAUGCUAGUAUGUCUACCACAACGAACCAAACAGAGUUAUUCUUAACAGAUUUGUUGGCUGAUGAAGAUUUGGAACCCAUGGAGAAGUCUGCCUCUACUGAAACAACUAGAUAUUCUACACACAUGGAUGCAGAAGAGAAAAAAGUUGAUACUAGUAGUGAUUCAGCUGUUUCAUCGAUGGGCUCUGAUUCUGUACCUUCUACAUCUGAUGUAGAAUGGCUAGAUUCCUGUUCAGAAACAUCCUCUCACCAUGAUGAUCAGGAGAUUUCCUUCAAUGUGGAAUUAAACCAUUCACUAGCUCUGUCAUCAGAGUUAAACAGAGGAGUGGAUUCUGCAGAUUUGUCUGGAGUUAACCAUCCACUUGUGGCACAAAAAAAAUAUAAAUUUUUUGGUCGUCGGUUGCAAAACUUUGAAAAUCAGGGUUCUGGAAAUAGUAUUGAAGACCUUCACCAAGCAGAACAGACAUUCAAACGCCAAGAGUACCUUAAAGUAAAUGAUCAAGAUGAUAAUUCUACAAAUAAUCCAUAUCCUUAUACUUCAACAGAUGAAGUAAAACACUUAGGACAUGAACUUGAAAUAUGUUCUGCAAGUAGUUCAGGAAACACUCUUGAAGACAGUUUUCCCAGUUCUGCCCAUCACAAUCAUACCUAUCAUUUACCAAUGGAUGGGAGCAACUGCUCACAAAAGCCUAUUAUGAGGGACAAACUUAAGGCUCACCUUGAAGAGCAGGAUCAAAGAAAAAGAGAUGAAAGCAAUGCAAGAGCCCUAAAACUGCCCAUUUCUGUGGAUGAAAUUAUAAACCUUCCUAUAGAUGAUUUUAAUAAAAAGAUUUCAAAGUAUGAACUAAAUGAAUCACAGUUUACAUUGAUUAGAGAUAUUCGUAGAAGAGGAAAAAACAAAGUAGCUGCUCGGAAUUGUCGAAAAAGAAAGCUGGACCAGAUUAUGGAUCUUCAGCAAGAACUGAAUAUGCUGUGUGAUGAAAAAACUGAACUAAAGGCAGAAAGGCAAAGAAUGUUGAAUUUUCGUCAACAAGCUCAAGACAAGUACACCCAAUUUUAUGACUAUAUUAUGAAGGGGUCAUCCACUCCACCAGCUCCUCAUGGACCCCCAGAUUUUGCCUCAACUUCCAGCCAGGAAUGUGGAUCAUUUCCCAUCUCUGGAAAUAGUACGCGAGAAGGUGAUUCAUCACCUGAAGACAGUAAAGGAGCUCGAAUGAAGCGCAAAGCUAAUAAAAAGUGAUAUGUUUUAAUAAAAUGAUGUAACAAAAUAACAUUAGCAUGAAAGUUAACAUCUACGUGGUGUUGGUUGUGAUAUAAUCACAUUUUCCAGUUACUUCAGAUUCAAAAUGUAAGGAUAGUUUUGUAUUCAGAGAAAACCUGUCUUUUUAUUAUUAUUAUCAUUGUUAGCAAGGCAACAUUAAUGGCAGUUGAAAUUGGUCUUAACCUGCUGAGUUCAAAAUAACAUUAAAACUAAGAUAUAAAGUAUUUAAGAAAGCAAACAUGAAGAUAACAUUGGCAUUGGUCAAAAACUUCAAUCAAUUCAUUCACUUUUUUUAAGUAGAUAUAGUUAUCUAUUAAGCACCGUUAGUAUUCUAUUGGAUAUUACUGCAAUAUAUAUAUAUAUAUAGUGAAUUGUGUUACAGUACUUACAGAAGGGGCAAAUAUCAUACUUCCAUAUAUUUAGAAACAAUCUUUUAGCUACAUUUGAAUAGAAAAAUAUACAUAAAAAAAGGUUUUAGGAUGUGUGGUUACUUCAGCUCUGUUGCAUAAUUAAAGUUAUCAGAUAUCAAACAGAUUAGUUUUAUCAAUCUUUUCUAUUCAUUUUUUCCACCUUUCUCUGCAUAUUAAUAUUGUAAGAGCACAUUGGUACUACAUUGUCUUGUACUAUUUUUUUAUUUCUUAAAGAACGAUCCAAUAUCAACCUUGAUUUUCAAAUGUGCACUUCAAUUUACAGACAACCAUGAGUACCUGUAUUAUUUGUUUUGUCAUUUGUAUUAUUUUGUUAACUGCAAAUCACAUUGUUUUAACAGAAAGAUAUGUUAAGAGAUUGAUUGCCUCUGAUGCAAGGUUUUGUAACUGGGAUUCUUUACUGUGUUAUCUGAUAUUGACAUAAACAUCAUGAACUGCUUCACUGCCAAUAAAAGAUGCUAUUUGUGAAUAUUUUAUUUUUAAACAUUUUGGUAAGUGCUUGUGAAGAAUUUUACACAUUAAACCUUGCUGCAAAGUUGAGGUUUUACUCAGACUUUGCAGUUACUUAGUUUAGGCUAAUCAAGUUCUUUUUGUUUUCGAUAUAUGCUAUGUGACAGAAAGUCUAGGGCAAUGUGAAAACACAACAUUUUGUGUAUGAGAAUCCAUUGUUUCAGAUUUUAGUGCUUCGAUAUAUUUAUAAAAAAAGGAAAAAUAAAAUUACUGUGUGUGUGUUUACAUCUAUGAAAUACAUUAUUAUACACACACACACAUCAUCAACUUAUAAACUGUGGAUGUAAUAAUGUGAAAACAAUAUUUUAUGCAUGAGAAUUAGUUAUUUCAAUUUCAUUAUAAAAAGAAAAAAGAAAAUUCUUGUGUGUGUGUGUAUGUACAUGCACAUACAUAUGCCUCAGUUUACUAAGCUAGCUGUAAUAAGGUCAGGCAAAGCUUCACUAGUUUCAGUACUUAUCAUACAAAUAUUUACUAAAUGUCAAUUUUAAGAGUUAUAAAUGAGCUUAAACCAUUAAGAAAUGAAUACUCGUUUUUUUGUUAAAUCUGUUUUCUAAUGGAAUGGACAAAUGUACUUAAGAUGAUAGGUGAAAUUUGAAUAUGUAUGUGUAUAUAUAUAUAUAUAUAUAAAUUAAAAUAGAACUAGGAAAAAAAGGUUAAAGGAAUGUUCAAAAAGUUAGGAUAACUCAGUGAAGACUGAAUAGAAGUUUAGAACUUCUGUCAUGGUUAUGAUUUUAGUUACCUUUCUUCAGUAACAAGUUAUUUAUAGAAAUAAAUUCAAAUUGAAAUGCUUUUAUUAAUAACUUAACCAUAGGGUAUUCUCAAUUUAACCGUUUUAAAACAAAAAAUACAUGCAUGUGGAUGCUAUCUCUGUUCACCUUGCAGUUUUUUCUUUUUUCCAAUUAUGCUAUUAAAAUAAACUUGUUGCAUUUAUUAGACCACACGAAAUAUAAUUUUCUAGAAUUUUGCUUUUCUUGAAAGAAAGUAUGAUAUUCAGAAUAAAAAAAGGUUAAUUUGUUG